AAUUAAUGGACGCGGAUAUAUUUAAAGAAAUGUUCCCCUAAGAUUAUAUGAAAAGAUUUUUUGAGAAAAAUGUUAGGAUUGAUGGAAGAUAAUUUAAAUAGCCAAGAUAGAUUAUUAUAGAAUUUGGAGAAGGAUUAACUAAUUAUUAAUAUGCUGAUUGUUUCAUUUCAAUUAAGCAUAUUAUUAGGGAAAUAGAUUUAAAAGAAAUAGAUCUCUAAUAAUGCAUUAGUAUUAAUAUUUAUAAAAUUGAGAAUUGUCAAUUAUUAUGGAUAAUUAAGAUGAUUUAAGUAAUAUAGAUAAAAUUAGAAUUGAAAAACACUAUCUAAAUUAGAUUCAAGAUGUAUGUAUACAAAUUGUAGAUCCAUAAAGAUUAAGAACUUAAAAUGGAAAAGUUCAAUAAAUUGAGUUAUUUAUAAGAGUAGCUGGUGCUGAUGGAUCUUUAUUAUCACAUUUAAUAAAUUGUGUUUCAUUUUGCUUAUAAUAAAGUAAGUUAUCUUGAAAUUAAAUGUUAGUUAAGCAUUUUGAAACACAAACAUCAAUAAUUUAUAAGGAAAUUAAAUGUUUAUCUUUUGCAUUUUUUGAAGAUAAAAUACUUAUUGAUCCAAAUGAUUUUGAGGAAAGAAACUCUUCAAAUCUUACAGUGAUAUCAUUUUUAAAUGACGAACAAUAUAUUUUUAAGAAGUAUGACGGUAAACCACUGAAUUAUAUUUAAAUAUAACAAGUAAUUUAAUCAUUUUGA